GAACCAUCUGACAUCCGCACCACGUUUCCACCCGGAGCGGAGCGCGCGCGCGCCUCUGUUGCUGUGAGAACCUUUCAGAGAGGGUUCGGCUGAUUCUUCAGGUGGGUCGGCUUUGUUCGUCAGAGUUCGUGGCUCUGCGUGUGUUCUGCAGUUACGUCCACUGACACGAUGUGAUGGGCGGAACCACGCGAGACUGUGGAAGUGUUUCUGUGUCCAAAUGAGACCGACGGACCGGUUUAACGAAACAUCGGGGUCCGCGGGAAACUGUGUCCCCACACUGGAUCAGGAACUGUCUCAGAAACCAGAACCCGGCGAGUCAGCAGAACUCUGUUAUUCUGUAGAACUUGUGCGGGUCGGCAGAACUUUUAACGUGCUGGUGACCAUAAGAGCAGCGCACUUCUGCGCAUGCGCAUGUUUGCCUAUCGCUUCUCUUUUGUGUCAGUUCUUCGGUGUUUAGGUUCUUCUACCAGGCGUAGAGAUGGACGAAGAGCCGGAGCGGACCAAGCGCUGGGAGGGGGGCUACGAGCGGACAUGGGAGGUGCUGAAGGAGGAUGAGUCUGGAUCGCUCAAGGCCACCGUGGAGGAUAUCCUGUUCCAGAGCAAAAGGAGGAGGGUCGUGGAGAGUCAUGGACAGGUCCGGCUCGGCAUGAUGCGUCACCUCUACGUCGUGGUCGACUGCUCCCGCAGCAUGGAGGACCAGGACCUGAAGCCCAACCGCCUCGCAGCCACCCUGAAGCUGCUGGAGGGAUUUGUGGACGAGUACUUUGACCAGAACCCCAUCAGUCAGGUGGGGGUCAUCACCACCAAGAACAAACGGGCGGAGAAGCUGACGGAUCUCGCAGGAAAUCCAAAGAAGCACAUCACUGCUCUGAAGAAGGCCGUGGACUCAGCGUGCGUCGGUGAGCCGUCUCUCUACAACGCUCUCAACCUGGCGGUGCAGACGCUCAAGCACAUGCCGGGACACACGAGCCGGGAGGUCCUGAUCAUCCUCAGCAGCCUCACCACCUGUGACCCGGCAAACAUCUACGAUCUCAUCCAGACCCUGAAGGGUCUGAAGGUGCGGGUGUCGGUGAUCGGGCUGUCGGCCGAGGUCCGGGUCUGCACGGUUCUGACCCGGGAGACGGGCGGCUCGUACCACGUCAUCCUGGACGAGAGCCACUUCAAGGAGCUGCUGAUGCUGCACGUAAAGCCGCCGCCAGCCAGCUCCUCCUCCGAGUGCUCUCUGAUCCGGAUGGGGUUCCCUCAGCACGCCAUCGCCUCCGUGAGCGAGCGGGACGCCCGGCCCUCCUUCAGCAUGUCCCAUCUGGACAGCGGUACCGGACCCGGGCUGACUCUGGGGGGGUACUUCUGCCCGCAGUGCCACGCCAAGUACUCGGAGCUUCCUGUGGAGUGUAAAGUGUGCGGCCUCACUCUGGUGUCAGCCCCUCACCUGGCCCGCUCCUUCCAUCACCUGUUUCCCAUGGUGCCGUUCUUGGAGAGUUCCGUGGAGGAGCUGCAGGGCAGCAGGUUCUGUGAAGGCUGUCAAGGAGAGCUGAGGGAUAAAAGUGCGUAUGUCUGCCCCUCGUGCCGCGGCGUUUUCUGCGUGGAGUGUGACCUCUUCAUCCACGACUCCCUGCACUGCUGCCCCUGCUGCAUCCACAGCCGGGCCGCUCUGUGACUCCGGACCGGCACCAGGGUCGUCUCCGCCGCUUCUGAACGGACAAGUGACGCUCCAGCCCAAACUCCCGAUUCAGAGGGAGGCAGCUGCAGACGGGCCGGGUCAGGACCAGGGGACUGGAUCUGACAGAAGUGUUGUGAAGCACUUCCGGGCCUUCACAGGUCCGCAGACGGUUCAGACAUUAAAACUGCUCUCUGACAAAGUUCUGGAGGCAGCCCAGGUCACGAGUUUGGGUCGGCAGAAACAAGGAAACGGUUCUGGUCAAAAUGGGGGAAAAGGUUCUGCUGAAGUCAGUCUGAACAAACCCAGUUUGAUCAGAACAGGGAAUGUUCUGGAUAAAUGGGUUUGGUUUAGCGUUCCUGGGUCAGAGUUCUGGUUCUGGAUCCGCCUUGUGAGCAUGUUUGGACUCUUUCUCAAAGGUUUGGUAAACCCAGAAGUUUUGACACGAGCAGAACUUCAAACCGGCGAGACGUCAGGAAUCGGCGGAGGGGCGUGUCUGUUGCCCCAAGCCCCGCCCCCAUUCAGAGCAGGGCAGAUUUGUCUGGUCGACCUUUUACACGCCGCGGCGUUCUUGUUUUUACAGAAAGCCGGACGUUCUGUCCAGAUCCAAAUGACAAGAUGCCAAAAAUACAUCAAAAACUUUUUUUUUUUUUUAAAGGCCAAAAGUUCAGAAACGAAAGUUUGACGCAAAAACAUUUUUGGUUAUAAAAGGAAGAAAAGGAUUUCUGUCGUCUGUGUUUCUUAAAAAUGACCACCGUGAGGCGCCACAAACACGCCAAAAGACAGAAACGAGGCGGCACCUGAUCCGGGUCAAACUGUGGAUUCAGAACCGUGACCGUAUCAGAGACCUGGACGGAGUCCCUCAGGUGAGGACUCACCUCCGGCUCCAAACCAACCAAGUCGACUCGGUCGCCGCCGUGUUAAAACAAGUCCGAGUCGGUCCGAGUCACCUGAUUGGUCAGUUUAUAACUUGCAAUACAGAAAAAAAAAACACUGUGCUACUACUGCUGACUGUGGGGGCGGGCCCAAACCUUUGCACACGCCCCUAUAUGGCUUCUGGUAUUUUGAAAGGCUAAAUGAUAGAAAUGAAGCCAAAUAUUUGACUAGAAUGUCUCAACUGUAAUCUGAUACUUUUUGAAGAUUUAUGCACCAUAUUAGAUUGUUUUGUCUGGGGGGCCCAAUCGUGACACCCCAAUGUAAGGUGUUUAUUCUGACCAAUAGAAUGACAGACUGACUGACACCUGUUUGUUUCUAGAACCAGGCACGUUAACGUUGGGAGUGGGGUCAUCUGGACCCACAGGAUAGCACAAGGGCUAUAGAAGUCUACGGUUGUGUCAGAAUUCCUUCCCUUCUAGUGUCGUCCGAAUCUACAAUUCCAAAAUCCAGUGCCCUGGAAAUUUCUCUGCGAAGAGCCAGUGUGCAUCGAUGCUCACUAGAUCGGUGAAUAUAGACCACAAUGCAUUGCGUCGGAACAAUUUUAGCCCCAAAAAUUGUUCUUUUUUUAAAUAAACCAUGAACGUUUUUAUCUUCAGAAGACAGUGGACUCAUAAAUAUUCGUCACAAAUCGCUCAUUUUCAUGAGAUUUUAACUUCGUGAAAUCGAUGAUGUCAUAUCCGUUCUUUAAGACAAAAAUAAAGGUACUGAGCGAUUAUUUUUAAAUUCAGGACACUACAUAGUGCCGCACUAUAUAGUUUUUUAGUAGUUAGGGAGGGAAUUCGGCCACAGUUUAUAGGAAUUUCUGAGAACCAGUGGGUACUUCCUGUUUGGAACUCCAGGGGGCGGAGUCCAUCAGUCCAGUCCUCAUAUGCAGUUGAUGAUCUAUAAGCAUUUUAUAUUGGUGUGUUAACUCAAUAUGUUUUAUAAAGCAGUAAUUCCCGAGCUGUUCCAAAUGCAUCACAGGUCUAUUUAUGGUUACACAAAGGUUUUACGAGAAUCGUAUCAACAAAACGUUUAAACGAUUCAUUCAUUAAUUUUUCAUUAAAACAUGAUGCUUUCAGUGUAAAGUUGUUGGUUUAUAAUUAGAUUUCUAUUUUUAAAACCAGAUUAUGUCUUUCUACUGCACGUGUGAAAGAGAUCAGCUCCCAAAGAGACUGAGGAUUGUUUCCCUGAAACGGUUGCAGAGUGAGUUAGAGGGACAACAGCGCCGUUGGCAUGGCAACGUGGAUGCAGCCUCUUCACGUGAUUUCACCGGACGAGCAUCUUCUGCAGCAGAAAACAAACGACUCAACGGUUCCUUCAGCUUUUGUCAUUAAAAUAAAAACCUCAUGGGGAUAA